AUGGGAAUAUUCACCAAGGAUGAGGGAGAAAACGGCAAUAAGACGGCAGCUCGAGAGCUGCUGCCGCCAGCACUGCCAGAGGUGCUUCUUUUGACGGCAGGCACCACCACGUCGUUGUUCGUGGGGUACCAGCUCUUUCGUCGGUUUCUGAGAAUCCGAACAUACCUUGAUCUUACCUCCAGCAUCAUCGAGAAGCAGCGUCCACUAUACGGAAGAGUCACCAGGGUAGGAGACGGUGACAACUUCAGGUUCUACCACACGCCUGGUGGAGCGCUACUUGGCUGGGGCUGGUUACGAGAAGUGCCCACUGGCAGAAAGCUCAAGGACGAGACGUUGAUGAUAAGACUCUGUGGCGUGGAUGCCCCUGAGCGAGCCCACUGGGGCAAUCCAGCACAGCCCCACUCGGAAGAGUCGUUGCAGUGGCUCCGCCAGUACGUGAUGGGCCGCAACGUCACCAUCACACCGUACCUGAUCGACCAGUACAAGCGGGUGGUGGCUCGGGCACAGGUGUGGAAAUGGACGGGAAGGAAGGACGUGAGUGCCGAGAUGUUGAGAGGUGGCUACGGCAUGGUGUAUGAGGGUAUGAUAGGAGCUGAGUUUGGUGACAACGAGUCGUGGUACCGUCGACUCGAGGCCAAAGCCAAAAAAUCGAAAAAGGGAAUAUGGGGCUUAAGCAACCUAGUGACUCCAGGCGAGUAUAAGAAAGAGCAUCGAGCAUAG